AUGUACACAGAUAGCUAUAGGAACACUUUUUUCGUCGAUGUGCUGGAAUAUUUCAGAUGGACUAGCACAUUCAAGGAUAUGGGCGCCGUGGUGCCAGGACAGAGUAGCGCAGUCUCUACGGAUUUGGAAGCAUUAAAACAAGUACCCUCAGUGACGAAUGGUGCUGCUAGUGAUAGUUCUGAGUCGCAAAGUGCUGAGAAAGAGGUUUCACAGGAAAAGGAUCCUUUUUUAGUUGAAUUUUCUGGUCCAGAUGAUCCAGAACAUCCUCACAAUUGGUCUACGGGGAAACGAACAGCUGUUAUAAUCCAAGUGAUGUUGCUGACGUCUGUAACUUAUAUGGGAUCAUCGAUUUACACUCCAGGGCAAGAGCAGAUCCAACAAGAAUUCAAUGUUGGUCACGUGGUCGGCACUUUGAACUUAUCGAUGUAUGUGCUUGGUUAUGGUUUGGGUCCCAUCUUCUUCUCGCCAUUGUCUGAAUUUGCCAAGAUUGGUCGUCAACCUUUGUACAUUAUUACAUUCUUUUUGUUUGCAAUGUUGCAGAUCGGUACGGCUUUGGUAAAAAAUAUUGCCGGAUUGGUGAUUCUACGGUUUAUCACAGGUAUCCUAUGUUCUCCUUCAUUGGCUACUGGCGGUGCCACUGUGGGUGAUAUCGUUCCUCCCGAUUACGUUCCUUUGUUUAUCGGUUUGUGGUCGGUUGGUGCAGUUUCCGCUCCAGUAGUUGGACCUUUACUCGGUGCGGCAAUGGUUGACGCGAAGGACUGGCGUUGGAUCUUCUGGCUGCUCAUGUGGUUAGCCUCUGCUACUCUGAUCGUGCUGGUAUUCUUCUUCCCAGAAACAAGCGAAGAUUCUAUCUUGUAUCGUCGUGCCAUUAGACUCAGAAGAAUAACCGGAGAUGACAGGUACUAUACUGCGAAGGCAAAGAGCGAGGACAGAUUGAGUCUCAAGGAAAUCAUGGUGAUUGCACUUUACAGACCUUUUGAGAUCAUUGUGAAGGAACCAAUCGUAGCUGCUAUCGAUAUCUACAUCGCGCUGUGUUACGGGACAUUUUACCUCUUUUUCGAAGCUUUCCCCAUUGUGUUUGGUGGAAUUUAUCAUUUCACCCUAAUCGAAAUUGGUCUAGCCUUUAUGGGAUUCUGCGUUGGUUGUGUUAUCGCGUAUGCCAUCUGUAUAGUAUUCCUGAUGAAAGUGGUAGCUAAGAAAGCUAAGAACGACAAAUUCACUCCGGAAACUUUCAUGAUACUUGCCAUGGCCACAUGUUUGUGUUUGCCCCUCUCACUAUUCCUCUUUGGUUGGGCAGCUGGAGUGCACUGGAUUUUACCCAUCAUAGCCGAACUCUUUUUCGUGAUCGGAUUAUUCAACCUAUUCCAGGCUUCCUUCGCCUACCUUGCCAUCUCGUACCCCAAGUAUCUGGCCUCUGUGUUUGCAGGAAAUGGUGUGUGCCGUGCAGGGUUCGCUUGUGCGUUCCCCUUAUUCGGUAAAGCCAUGUACGAUAAUUUGGCCAUCGACGGCUACCCAGUCGCAUGGGGCUCCUCGAUACUAGGUUUCUUCUCGAUCGCCCUCGCGGCAAUCCCCUUCCUACUAUACAAGUACGGACCUUACCUACGUAGCAAGUCCAAGUUCACCGGUUGA